AUGGAUGGAAAUGGAAUUGGAAAUAAAACAGAGCCUAUCAUGACUUUGGAAUCACAGAUUUUGAGUUCUGAUUCUAAAUCUCCUUUCACUAUCGAUUCAAAUGCUUCCAUGUUGGCCAAGAUGGUGGAUCCAGUUAUGAAUCUUCAAAAUCAGAUUCGUCACCUUCUAAGCGGAUGGGAUGAUCAUCCUGCUCUUCAGAAAAUUGUGGAUGUGAUUGAUAUGAUCUUGUAUAUACCUAUGAACACCCUUCUUCCAAAGGUAAUCGACAAAUAUUUUGGGUUUGAUACUGUUGUAGAGGAAGCUCAAGGUGCAAUAAAUGUUGCACAUGUGGAAGUGGAAAGUGUUGAAAAUGGAGUUGGAGUAGUCAAACUUAUAGGUCUAUCUUCAAUGAUUCAUUGCCAUUUUGCCACGUUGGCAAGUCGAGAUGUGGAUUGUUGCUUGAUUCCAGAGUCUCCAUUCUAUCUAGAAGGGCAAGGUGGUCUUUUUGAGUUCAUUCAGCAGAGACUUAAAGAGAACGGGCAUGUGGUGAUUGUGUUGGCGGAAGGCACAGGCCAAGAAUAUGUUUCUGAUAGUGUGAAUGCAUUUGAAGAGAGAGAUGCAUCUGGAAAUAAACUGCUUAUUGAUAUUGGUCAAUGGUUGACCCAUAAAAUUAAAAACCAUUUUGCAACUGUCAAGAAAAUGGCCAUACACAUGAAAUAUAUAGAUCCAACAUACAUGAUACAUGCUAUUCCAAGCAAUGCAUAUGAUAACAUCUACUGUACACUUCUUGCUCAAAGUGCGGUUCAUGGGGCCAUGGCAAGGUUUUCUGGUUUUACAGUUGGACCUGUCAAUAGCAGACAUGCAUAUAUUCCUAUAUUGGGUCCGGAAUCUUCAAGAAACCAUUUCAAAGCUGCAUUUGAUAGUAAUGUUGGCCAGUUUGGGUUUCCACUAUACUCGGUUCUUAGGCAUAGUCAGUCUACUGAUACUGAUGAUUAUAGUCAAUCCACCACUGUAAAGAAAAUGAUUGUAAUUUAUUGA